UAUGGUUCUUUUGCUGCCAUUAGUUAUCUCAUGUUCGGUGAAAGUACGCUAUCACAGAUAACCUUAAAUUUGCCAAAGGAUGCCGUGGCAUCGAAGAUUGCCCUGUGGACUACUGUAAUAAAUCCUCUCACCAAAUUUGCACUGUUGCUUAAUCCACUGGCAAGGAGUAUCGAGGAGCUUCUUCCAUCAGGAAUCUUCAAUAGUAUUUGGUGCCCUGUACUAUUGAGGACAGCACUUGUCGCUUCAACCGUAUGCAUUGCUUUUCUUCUACCUUUUUUCGGACGCGACAAGGGAGUUGCUCGUGCCCGCAAAAUGGUGGGAGCAAAAUUCCUCCGAUACACAGAAUUUUGCAUUGUGGAAUCGGUGAUCCGAUCACGGGUCGUUCGUGGUUCGCAGAUUCAAAAGUUUUUUUGGAACCUAAGCUCGGCAAACCGCAACCGCUUUGUCGGCACUAAAGAGUUAGGGGGGAGUUGCCCGUAA